AUGGGCCCCUGUACCGCCUCCUCAUGCUGCUGCCAGGCCCGUAAUCUGCCAUGGGCCCCCGUACCGACUCCUCAUGCUGCUGCCAGGCCCGUAAUCUGUCAUGGGCCCCUGUACCGCCUCCUUAUGCUGCUGCCAGGUUCAGAGUGUGUCAUGGGUCCCUGUACGGCCUCCCAUUGCUGCUGUCUCCAUCGCCGCACUCUGCCAUGUGCCACUUUCAGGUCUCCUCACACUGCUGGUGGGUUCCAUUUUUUCAUAGGGUGCUGUAUGGCCUCCCAUUGCUGCUGCCUCCACCGCCACACUGUGGCUCCACACUCUGGUUUUGGCCCCGUGAUAGCCCAAAUGAGUGAAGUGUGCGGUGAUUCUAAGAUCGACGGCACUCAUCUGCAUGUCAUACUGACUGACAGUAUUAUUUCUCUUCCCCAGCAGACUCCAAGGGCAUUUAAAUUAAAGGUACAGUGUUCUGCACUAAUAUAA